UGAAAGAUAUCAAAGAGAAGUAGUCAAAUAUGACAAUCUAACCAAAGAAAUUCCAACAAAUUUAGAUGUGGUAGUAUGUACAGGGCUGUACCACAUGGGAAGGGAGGACAUAAUAGAGACACUCAUGAAAUCUGCACAGCACUUGAAAAGUUUACUGACAAAACGGCUUGUCAGCGAUUACUUAGAAAUGUGCAGAAUCCUUGGAGAAAAUUACAAGUCCAUAUCUGAUAAACUGUUGGCAGUGCCAAAGGACACUGCUGAAUUGAUGGAAUUGAAAGGGUACAGUAGAAAUAUUGAAAAUGUGGUUCUUUUUGAUAUGGAAGAUAAAUUGAGAGAUGUCAUGGCUUAUAUUUUAUUUCUGUCUGACUUCUCACCAUUAACUCCUCAAGAAACAAAACAAAACACAUUUACACUGACAUGGUAUACUAAAAUGAAUGAAAUUCUUGAAGAGAAUAAAUCUUUGAUUGAAAAGAAAUCAAUAGAGUUCCAGGAUCAACUGAAGGAAAGAAUGAAAACUUUCAUUCAAUCUUUGGAAGCUUGGAUGAGCGACGUGGAAUCAUUUGAAACAUUUGGUGACAUAAGUAAACUGAAUUUUUACCAGGGCAUGGCCACUGAUUUGGACAAUAAAAUUGUUGAAGCUAUAACCAUAGUUGAUAAGUUUAAUGAAGAAGAAAGAGCAUUCGGUUGGGAUGAAUCCUAUUAUCCAAAGCGCAAACAAAUUGCAGACAAGCUAGCUCCUUUUAAACGAUUGUAUGACAAUGCAACCGAAUUUAUUAGUAAACAUAACAAUUGGACCACUUCAAGAAUUGGUUCAUUUGAUCCAGAGGACAUAGAGUCAGAAACUGCUCAGUACUACAGAAAUAUUUAUAAGCUUGAAAAACAAUUUUCUGAACUUCCAGAGCCUAAAAAACUUGCUAUUGCGGUCAGAGAAAAAAUUGAAGAAUUUAGAAGUCAUUUGGCAAUUGUCAUGACUCUAGGAAAUCCAGGGUUAAAAGAAAGACAUUGGGAAAUGAUAUCAGAAAUAGUUGGUUUUCCUAUGAUUGGAAAAGAUCUAACAUUAGAUAAAGUAUUUGAGUACCAGCUUGAAGAAUACAAUUCUAAAUUUGAAGCUAUAAGUGAUUCAGCCACUAAAGAGAAUAACUUAGAAAAGUCUCUAGCCAAGAUGAUGAAUGAAUGGGUAGACAUGGAAUUUACAGUUCACAGCUAUAGAGACAGUGGAACACACAUAAUAGCAAGUGUUGAUGACAUACAAUUACUUCUUGAUGAUCACAUCGUAAAGACGCAGACAAUGAAGAAUUCACCUUACAUCAAACCUUUUGAGUCGACAAUUUUGCAAUGGGAGGCUAAACUGCAGCUUCUACAAGAAAUAAUGGACGAAUGGCUUAAAGUUCAAAUGACAUGGCUUUACCUUGAACCUAUAUUUUCAUCGCCAGAUAUUCAACAGCAAAUGCCGGAGGAAGGGAGAAAAUUCAGUGCUGUAGAUAAGAUUUGGAGAGACAUAAUGAAAGCUGUGAUCCAAAAUACUCAUGUUUUGUCAGUUAUUGAAAUAGAUAAAAUGCUGGAAAGGCUUAAAAAAUCAAAUACACUUUUGGAAGUCAUCCAACGUGGAUUGAAUGACUAUCUGGAGAAAAAGAGGAUAUUUUUCCCUCGAUUCUUCUUUCUAUCUAACGAUGAAUUGUUAGAAAUUCUUUCCGAAACUAAAGAUCCGACCAGAGUGCAGCCGCAUUUGAAAAAAUGCUUUGAAGGUAUUGCAAGAUUGACAUUCACCGAAUCUCUUGAAGUCACGCAUAUGAAAUCUAGCGAGGGUGAAAUUGUUGUUUUGGUUGAUAUAAUAAAUACUGUUCAAGCUAGAGGUCAGGUGGAAAAGUGGCUUAUCCAAUUGGAAGCUGAUAUGAAAAAAAGUGUUCACAAAAUGGUCCAAGAGGCAAUGGUAGCUUAUCCAAAAAGUCCGAGGCAUGUUUGGGUUUUAGAAUGGCCAGGACAGACUGUUUUGGCUGUUUCCAGUACUUACUGGACUUCAGAUGUGCAUGAAGCCAUUAACAAAAAAGGAAAUGGCUUAAGCAAGUAUAGGCAUAAAUGUACUCAACAAAUUGAAAAAAUUGUUGAACUGGUUAGAGGGCAAUUAGAAAUUCAAAACAGAAUAACAUUAGGAGCAUUAGUCACAAUAGACAUUCAUGCAAAGGAUGUUGUCGUAUCAAUGGAGAAGAGGAAAGUCAGUAAAGAUGAUGACUUCCUCUGGCUCAGCCAGUUAAGAUAUUAUUGGACCGAAAAUAAUUUGAUUGCAUCAAUGAUUAACUCUUCUUUAAAAUAUGGUUAUGAAUACUUAGGAAACUCAGACCGUUUAGUCAUAACUCCUUUGACUGAUCGCUGUUAUAGAACAUUGUUUGGUGCUCUACUGCUUCAUUUAGGAGGUGCACCAGAAGGUCCCGCAGGAACAGGAAAAACAGAAACAACCAAGGAUUUGGCAAAGGCGAUUGCAAAACAGUGUGUUGUGUUUAACUGUUCAGAUGGGUUGGACUAUAUUGCAUUAGGGAAAUUUUUCAAAGGUUUGGCCGCUUGUGGAGCGUGGUCCUGUUUUGAUGAAUUCAAUCGUAUUGAUCUAGAAGUAUUGUCUGUCGUUGCUCAACAAAUCCUUACCAUCCAAAGAGGCAUCAUGUCUGGCAACCAAAAGUUGUUAUUUGAAGGCACUGAACUGGAUUUAGAUGUGACAUGUGCAGUUUUUAUAACUAUGAAUCCUGGAUAUGCUGGAAGAUCCGAGCUUCCAGAUAACUUGAAAGCUUUAUUCAGACCUGUUGCUAUGAUGGUGCCCGAUUAUGCUAUGAUAUCUGAGAUCAAUUUGUAUUCUCAUGGUUUUGUUAAUGCAAGACCUCUUGCUGUUAAGAUUGUUGCCACUUACAAAUUAUGCUCAGAACAGCUAUCUUCACAACAUCAUUAUGACUAUGGUAUGAGAGCUGUUAAAACUGUCCUCACUGCUGCUGGAAAUCUGAAACUGAAAUAUCCAAAUGAGGAUGAAGACAUUUUAAUGUUGAGAUCAAUUAAAGAUGUCAACUUUCCCAAAUUUCUCAAUCAUGACUUACCCCUUUUUCAGGGCAUUGCUUCAGAUUUGUUUCCUGGGAUUUCAUUGCCUAAUCCUGACUACACUGUUCUAAACAGGGCAGCUAAAGAAGCCUGUGUAAAUUUGAACUUGCAGUGUACACCAUUCUUUUUGGAAAAGAUACAACAGAUAUACGAAAUGAUGAUUGUCCGACAUGGUUUCAUGAUAGUCGGCUUACCUUUUAGCGGGAAAACUCGAGCAUACCAAGCAUUAGCUGCGGCAUUAGAAAUUAUUGAAGAACGACAAGAGAUGGAUGAACACAAGGUUGAAAUAAUAGUCAUAAAUCCAAAAUCUAUAACAAUGGGUCAAUUGUACGGCCAGUUUGAUGAUGUUUCUCAUGAAUGGUCAGAUGGAAUUUUAGCUGUCAGCUAUCGACAAUUUGCGAUGUCAACUAACAUGAAUAGGAAAUGGCUCAUUUUUGAUGGACCAGUUGAUGCAGUUUGGAUUGAAAAUAUGAAUACAGUCCUUGAUGAUAAUAAGAAACUAUGUUUAAUGUCAGGAGAAAUUAUACAAUUGGCUAAAACUACCAAUUUAAUUUUUGAACCUAUGGACCUGGAAGUUGCUUCCCCUGCUACUGUGUCACGUUGUGGAAUGAUUUAUAUGGAGCCAUCUUCACUCGGAUGGGAAUGCUUAAUUUAUUCAUGGCUUAACACCUUACCAUCGACUUUACAUGCACAAAAUAAGCAGUUGAUAAAACAGCUUUACUUUAGGUUCUGCCCUGUAAUUUUCCAGUUCUUUGCAAAAAAUAAGAUGAAGGAAGUAUUUCCAUGCUCUGAGUCCAAUCUUAUUCGUGCAGUGACAAACAUCUAUGACUGUUUUAUGGAUGAAUUUUAUGAUAUUAAAUAUGUUGAAAGUCUGAGCGAUCUAGAUAUUAGAGCACAGCUUGAAGGUGUUUUUUUCUUCUCGUGCAUUUGGGGAAUGGGAGCACAUCUAAAUUCAGAAAGCAGAAUACAUUACAGUUUGGUCUUCCAAGGUCUUCUCAAGAAGGAUUUCCCAGUUGAUUUACUAAGCAAGUACAAUCUUUCUGCUGAAUUGACCAAACCUCCGAAGAAGAAUUAUAUAUUUGUGCCACCGUCUUCAGGAUCAGUUUUUGAUUAUAGAUAUAUUAAAGAGGGAAAAGGAAAAUGGAAAUUGUGGUCUGAUGAUCUUGCAGGGCUUCCUCCUAUUCCAAGAGAUAUUCCUGUGAAUCAAAUAAUUGUCCCAACCAUUGAAACAAUACGGAUGAUGGCCAUUAUGCAACUCCUUGUUCAGCAUAGUAAACAUAUGAUGUUUGUAGGGCAGACAGGCACAGGAAAGUCAUCCUAUGUGACUUACUUUUUGUUGAAAAAAAUGGAAUCUGACAUUUACAAACCACAGUUUAUUAAUUUUUCGGCACAGACAUCUGCUAAUCAAACGCAAGAUAUUAUAAUGGGAAAACUGGACAAAAGAAGAAAAGGUGUUUAUGGACCCCCGCUUGGUAAAAAAGGGGUGAUUUUUGUUGAUGAUGUUAACAUGCCACUGAAAGAGGUUUUUGGAGCUCAACCUCCAAUUGAGAUUUUGCGACAAUGGUUAGAUCACUGGACUUGGUAUGACAGGAAAGAAGUCGUUCCAAUUAAAUUAGUAGACAUACAGUUAAUAUGUUCAAUGGAUCCUCCAAGUGGUGGUAAAACAGUUACCCCAAGAUUUUGGAGGCAUUUCAAUAUAUUUGUUAUUAACGAAUUUAACCAUGAUACCAUGAUUGCCAUAUUCAGUAAAAUAAUGCUUUGGCAUUUGGACACUAGAGGAUUCAGCAAAGAGUUUGAUCCUUGUAUAGAACAAAUAGUCGGAGCCACUCUUGCAAUAUACACAAUGAGUUUGGCUAACCUUCUUCCGACCCCUGCUAAAUCUCAUUAUACAUUUAAUUUGAGAGAUUUCUCCAGAGUGAUUCAAGGAGUAUUACUUUCUGUACCAGAAGCAAUGGAAGAUUUGAAGGCAAUGAAGAGACUAUGGGUUCAUGAAGUAAUGCGAGUUUACUACGAUAGGCUAGUUGAUGAUGUAGACAGAUCAUGGUUGAUAAAAGCUCUACAAAGAGUUUGUAUUCAACAUUUACUUGAAGAUAUGAAUGAGCUAUUCAGUCAUCUUUGUGGACGCGGCGUUAAAAAGGCAAACAUUAAAAUAAAUGUUACUGGAAUAUUUUAGUGUAUGCUAUUUGAUAUAUUUUAGGUUGGAGAUAAUGAGCUAAGAAAAUUAAUGUAUUGUGACUUCGCUAAUCCUAAAGCAGAUCAGAGAAAUUAUAUCGAAGUUACUGAUAUUGCAAGUUUAAGGAAUAUAGUGGAAGGAUAUUUAAAUGAAUAUAAUAAUAUGAGUAAAAAGCCGAUGAACCUUGUAAUGUUUAGUUUUGCUAUUGAACAUCUGUCAAGAAUUUGCAGAAUUUUAAAACAACCCAGAAGUCAUGCACUUCUUGUUGGUGUCGGAGGAUCUGGAAGGCAAUCACUCACAAGAUUGGCAUCCCAUAUUUCUGAAUAUGACCUAUUCCAAAUUGAAAUAAGUAAAUCUUAUGGAAAAGUUGAAUGGUAUGAUGACGUUAAAACAAUACUAAAGAAAAGCAGUGGAUCAGACACACAUGUCGUAUUUUUGUUUUCAGAUUCUCAGAUAAAAGAAGAGUCUUUUGUUGAAGAUAUUAACAACAUGUUAAAUUCUGGAGAAGUGCCAAAUAUAUUUCCAAUGGAUGAAAAAGUAGAGAUUUGUGAAAAAAUGAGGCUAAUUGAUAGGCAAAAGGAAAAAUCUAUGCAAACUGAUGGAAGUCCAGUAGCUUUAUUCAACUUGUUCUUACAAAUUGUAAGAGACCAAUUGCACAUAGUCUUGGCUUUCAGCCCGAUCGGCAAUGAAUUCCGAGUCAGGUUAAGGAAAUUCCCUGCUCUUGUGAACUGUUGUACAAUUGACUGGUUCCAGGCAUGGCCACAAGAUGCACUACUAGCUGUGUCGACCAAAUUUUUAUCAAACAUUGAACUCAUAGACAAAGAAAGACAAAUGUGCAUCGAUAUGUGUCAGAGUUUCCAUACUGCAACUCAAGAACUGUCCCUUAAGUUUAAUACACUCACUGGGCGAUAUACAUAUGUCACACCAACUUCUUAUCUUGAAUUAAUAAACACCUUUAUCGAACUUCUUAAUAGAAAAAGAGAAGAAAUUAUUCUUGGCAAAAGAAGGUAUGAAAAUGGUUUGGAGAAACUUGCUCAUGCUGCAUCACAAAUUGCUGUAAUGGAAAUUGAAUUGAAAGAACUCCAGCCUGCAAUUCAGGAAGCAUCAAUAAAAGUUAAAGAAACUGUUGCUCGUGUAGAAGCAGAAUCUGAAGAUGUUGCUAAGAAAGAGAAAAUUGUCAAAGCAGAUGAGGAAUUAGCUAAUGCUCAAGCAACUGCAGCCCAGGCUAUAAAAGAAGAAUGCGAUGAAGAUUUGGCAGAAGCAAUGCCUAUUAUGGAAGCUGCAUUGGCAGCCUUAAAUACUUUGACUCCAAAUGAUAUAACUGUAGUCAAAUCAAUGAAAAAUCCACCUAAGGGUGUCAAAAUAGUAAUGGAGGCAAUUUGUGUGGUUAAAGAUGUUAAACCAGACAGAAUUCCUGAUCCUGAUGGAAGUGGUAAAAUGGUAGAAGAUUACUGGGGUCCUUCUAAAAGAGUAUUGGGUGACAUGAAAUUUUUAGAAGGUCUAAUUAAUUUUGACAAAGACAAUAUAGCACCAAGAAUAAUGAAAACCAUACAUGACCGUUUUCUAAAUAAUCCUGAAUUUGAUCCGGAAAAAGUGAAAACAGCUUCAAAUGCUGCUGAAGGUUUGUGUAAAUGGGUAAUUGCCAUUUCAAAAUAUGACAAGGUGGCAAAAGUUGUUGCGCCCAAAAAGGUUGCCUUAGCAAAAGCAGAAGCGGAAUAUCAAAAUGCAAUGGCUGCUUUGGCUAAGAAACAACAGGAGCUGGCUAUAGUCAGAGAGAAGUUUGCUGAUUUAGAAAAAGAACUGGAAAAGCAUAAAGCUGAAUUUAAUAAACUGCAAGAGGAAGAACACUUGUGCACUUUGAAACUGCAAAGAGCAGAAGAUUUAAUCCAUGGUCUUGGUGGAGAACAAACAAGAUGGUCAGCCCUAGCAAAAGAAUUAGGAGAAAGCUAUUAUACCUUAACAGGUGACAUUCUGAUCGCUGCUGGCAUUAUUGCCUAUCUUGGACCUUUUACAAGAGAUUUUAGGGACUCUCAAGCAGAAACUUGGGUCCGCCAAGUAAAAAGUUAUAAAAUCGUGUGUACUAGUGACUAUUCAUUGAUGAGUGUAUUGGGAGAUGCUGUUGAAAUAAGAGCAUGGAAUAUUUAUGGACUUCCUAGUGAUGCAUUCUCAGUUGAGAAUGCUAUAAUUGUCAAGUAUUCAAGACGCUUCCCAUUAAUGAUUGAUCCCCAAAGUCAGGCUAAUAAAUGGAUUAAAAAUAUGGAAAAAGCCAAUAAUUUAAGUGUGAUACGUAUGACACAAUCUGAUUAUGUCAGAAUAUUAGAAAAUGCAAUUCAAUAUGGCCAACCAGUAUUAAUGGAAAAUGUUGAGGAAGAAUUAGAUGCACUUUUAGAACCUCUACUUUUAAAACAAACUUUCAAAGCUGGUGGUGCUGUAUGUAUAAAACUAGGUGAUUCGACUGUUGAGUAUUCACCUAGUUUUAGAUUUUACAUCACAACAAAGUUGCGAAAUCCUCAUUAUCUGCCGGAAAUUGCUGUGAAAGUGACAUUACUUAAUUUUAUGAUCACACAGAUCGGUCUACAAGACCAACUGCUUGGAAUAGUGGUUGCAAAAGAUAGACCUGACUUAGAAGCAGAAAAAAAUCAACUAAUUAUCCAAGGAGCAGCAAACAAAAAAGAAUUAAAAGAACUUGAAGAUAAAAUUCUUCAAACUUUAUCAACUUCUGAAGGAAAUAUAUUGGAAGAUCAAGAGGCUGUUAAUGACUUAAGCUCUUCUAAAGUCUUAUCAAAUGAAAUUACUGAAAAGCAAGCCAUUGCUGAAAUCACAGAAAAGAAUAUUGACAAUGCUAGGCUUGUUUACUCACCAAUUGCUGUACAUUCGACAAUCCUAUUUUUCAGUAUAACUAAUUUGGCUAAUAUCGAUCCUAUGUAUCAAUACUCAUUGGCAUGGUUCGUGAACCUUUUUAAAUCUGCCAUUGAUAACACUGAAAAGAGUGAAAUAAUUAAAGACAGACUCAGAGAUCUGAAAAAUUAUUUUACAUAUUCACUCUAUGUUAACAUUUGCAGAAGUCUUUUUGAAAAGGAUAAACUACUUUUUUCACUCCUAUUAACGGUAAAUUUGAUGUUCGAUACUAAUGAGUUGGAUAGAAAUGAGUGGAUGUUUUUUCUAACUGGUGGAGUUAGUUUGGGAAAUCCUCAUCCAAAUCCAACGACAUGGCUUCCUUCAUCUUCUUGGGAUGAGAUAUGUCGGCUUGAUAACUUGGACCAUUUUACAGGCAUAAAAAAUCACAUCAAAACCAAUGAAAAUGAUUGGAAAGAGAUAUUUGAUUCUUUGGAACCCCACGGAAUGAAGUUUCCAGAACCUUGGGAAACAAAAUUGACACAUUUCCAAAAAUUGCUUCCUCUACGUUGCAUCAGACCGGACAAGGUAGUUCCAGCAGUUCAACAACUUGUUGAAGCAAGACUCGGUCCUCGGUUCAUCGAUCCUCCACCUUUCGAUUUGCAAGGAUCAUUUUUGGAUUCGCAGUGCUUCAUACCAUUGAUAUUCAUUCUCAGCCCGGGUGCAGACCCGACUGCCACACUUUUGAAAUUCGCUGAAGACACUGGAUUUGGAGGAGCAAGAUUAAAUUCUCUUUCUCUGGGUCAGGGUCAAGGGCCAAUUGCUAUGAAACUUGUUAAUGAAGCUAUGAAAAUGGGUACAUGGGUUGUACUUCAAAAUUGCCAUUUAGCCAAAAGUUGGAUGCCUACAUUAGAAUCAAUCUGUGAAUCCUUAAGUGCUGAUUCUACACACCCUGAUUUUCGACUUUGGUUGACUUCUUACCCAGCACAGCAUUUUCCAGUGUACAUUUUACAAAAUGGAGUUAAGAUGACUAAUGAGCCUCCAAAGGGAUUGAGAUCUAAUAUUUUGAGAUCAUUAACAAGUGAUCCAAUAAGUGAAUUAGAAUUUUUUGAAGGAAACAAACAACCAAGACCAUUCAAAAGACUUUUGUUUGGACUUUGCUUCUUUCAUGCAAUUGUGCAGGAAAGAAGGAAAUUUGGGCCACUUGGUUGGAAUAUUGGUUACGAAUUUAAUGAAACUGAUUUACGUAUCAGUGUGAUGCAACUUCAUAUGUUUUUGGACCAAUAUGAGACAAUUCAAUUCUCAGCACUGAAAUAUUUAACGGGUGAAUGUAAUUAUGGAGGGCGUGUGACUGAUGAUUGGGAUCGAAGAACCCUCAACACUAUUCUUCAAAAAUACUAUUGUCAGAAACUAGUGGAUGAAGAUUCAGUUUAUUACUUUGAUCCGACAUCAAAUUUAUAUUACUGCCCUGAUAUAAAAUCUUAUGAUUCAUUGAUAAAUUUUGUAACUCAACUUCCUUUGACAACUAAACCUUCAGUUUUUGGGAUGCAUGAUAACGCCGAUAUACUAAAAGAUAAACAAGAAACUAUGCUGCUAUUUACAAGUACAUUGAAGACACAGGAAUCAUCAAAUGAAUCCCAAUCUGGAGAAGGAACAGAUCAGCUUGUUUAUGAUGUGGCAAAAGAUAUCCUUCAAAAAAUUCCCCAGCUUUUUGAUAUUGGACUGGCCAUGGAAAAAUACCCGACUUCAUACUCCCAAUCAAUGAAUACAGUACUUGUCCAGGAGAUGAAUAGAUUCAAUAACCUAAUAAAAAAUAUUACAAACAGCUUAACUAAUUUGCAAAAGGCUAUUAAAGGUUUAGUUGUUAUGUCAAAUGAAUUGGAAAGUAUAUACAAAAGUGUUGUCAUUGGGAAAAUUCCUGCAUUUUGGGCCAAAGCUUCGUAUCCUUCACUUAAACCUUUAGGAAGCUACAUAACCGACCUGCUUCAAAGAUUAGAUUUUCUUCAGAAAUGGUAUGAAAAUGGUCCUCCCGUUGUCUUCUGGCUAUCAGGAUUCUUCUUCACUCAAGCAUUUCUCACUGGUGCUCAACAGAAUUUUGCUAGGAAACAUAAAAUUCCCAUUGAUUUAUUGGGUUUUGAUUUUUUUGUUCAAAAGGCAACUACAAUGUAUUCUCCACCUGAAGAUGGAGUGUAUACUGAUGGUCUGUUCUUAGAAGGUGCUCGAUUUAAUAGAGAAAAUAUGUGUUUAUUUGAGUCUUUACCUAAAGUACUUUAUGAAAGUAUGCCCAUUAUGCUUUUAAAACCAACGCGAAAAACUGAGCUUAAUGUUGGUGGAAGAUAUAUUUGUCCUGUUUACAAAACAACCGAGAGAAGAGGUGUUUUGUCAACCACAGGACACUCGACAAAUUUUGUCAUUGCAAUGCUUCUACCUUCGAAAAAGCCGGGGGAUCAUUGGAUCAUGAGGGGAGUAGCGUUACUUUGUCAGUUGUCUGAUUAAUAUGCAAAUCUGUGUGAAUCAUAAAUUCAGAACUGAAAAAAAAUUAAUGAAAAAUUGUUAAAAGGACAACAAGGGUGAGAUUGUUCUUUUAAUUUUACUAUGUCUGUACAAAAUUGCUCUGUAAAUAAAAUGAAAUACAAGUGGAGUUAUUUUA